GGUUUCACUGAAACGGGUCCCGCCCUAGGCAAGCUCAGUGAGCCUCCGGUUACGGGUAGGAGACCCGGUGCUCCGAGCGGGGCUCGGAGUUUCGAACCGCUGGUGGCGGAUUCUCCGCCCGCCCCACGUCCGGGGAUGCGAAGUCUCAGCCUGGCGUGGCUGCUGGGAGGCGUCAUCCUUUUGGCGGCCUCGGUCUCUUGCAACCGGACCUACCAAGGACCCAGCAGUAAAGGAAGAAGUCUUAUUGGUAGAUUGGACACCCCUCCUCCAGUCUCUGCGAAAGGGGUUACAGUGGAACGAGGCUUUUCCAUUGAUGAAUUUUCUACGUCUGUCCUGACUGGGAAGCUUACCACCGUCUUCCUUCCAGUCAUCUACACUAUCGUAUUUGUGAUCGGUUUGCCCAGUAAUGGCAUGGCCCUCUGGGUCUUCCUUUUCCGGACGAAGAAGAAGCACCCUGCUGUGAUCUACAUGGCCAAUCUGGCCUUGGCAGACCUCCUGUCUGUCAUCUGGUUCCCCCUGAAGAUCGCCUACCAUCUCCAUGGCAACAACUGGAUCUAUGGGGAUGCACUUUGCAAGGUGCUUAUUGGCUUUUUCUAUGGCAACAUGUACUGCUCCAUCCUCUUCAUGACCUGCCUCAGCGUGCAGAGGUACUGGGUGAUCGUGAACCCCAUGGGACACCCCAGAAAGAAGGCAAACAUCGCCAUUGGUGUCUCCCUGGCAAUCUGGCUCCUGAUUUUUCUGGUCACCAUCCCUUUGUACGUCAUGAAGCAGACGAUCUACAUCCCAGCCCUGAACAUCACCACCUGUCAUGACGUGCUGCCUGAAGAGGUGUUGGUGGGGGACAUGUUCAAUUACUUCCUCUCCCUGGCCAUCGGAGUCUUUGUGUUCCCGGCCUUACUCACUGCAUCUGCCUACGUGCUCAUGAUCAGAACACUCCGUUCUUCGGCCAUGGAUGAACACUCGGAGAAGAAAAGGUGGCGGGCUAUCAGACUCAUCGUCACCGUGCUGGCCAUGUACUUCAUCUGCUUCACUCCCAGCAACCUUCUGCUUGUGGUGCAUUAUUUCCUGAUUAAAACCCAGAGCCAGAGCCAUGUCUACGCCCUCUAUCUUGUCACCCUCUGCCUGUCGACCCUCAACAGCUGCAUCGACCCCUUUGUCUAUUACUUUGUUUCACAGGAUUUCAGGGAUCACGCCAAAAACGCACUCCUCUGUCGAAGUGUCCGCACUGUGAAUCGCAUGCAAGUAUCCCUCACCUCCAAGUUCUCCAGGAAAUCCAGCUCUUACUCUUCAAGCUCAACUAGUGUUAAAACCUCCUACUGAACCUUACCUGAGGCUCUCAAGCCUGUGUAAUGGUGUGUGUGUGUGUGUGUGUCUGUGUGUGUGUGUUGGGGAUGCAACGACAUGCAUGGGGCUGUCAUUUCCUAACCAAGCUGAUAUCUCAGGCACGGAUCACAAGCAUGCAGCUCUCCCAGGAUUGCUAGAAGCCUCUGUGUUUGCAUGAGAAAAGUCCUCUAUUCUAAUUACAAUGGACCUCAGUGGCAGAAUUCUGCUCCUCUACCCUGCUGUCCCGGAAACUGGACUGAGAGAAACAUGUUUCAUGGAAGUGAUGAGAAGACAGAAAUCCAGUGACUUGCAAGAAAAGUACGCCUGAUGAGAAGGCUUAAGUUCCUAGCUGAAAAGAUUUCUUCUAUGUCUGUGGUCCAUCGCAGCUUUGUCAGGACUGGAGGCCCUUGGAGAGCCUCAGUCCUGUUGAUUGACGUUACAGACUUAGAAGAAGAGGGGACUGUAAAUGAAGUUCCUAGCCAGAAUUAUAAGCAGUUAACAGUGGGCUUGCACUGGACAAGAGAAUCCAAAUGACCAUUUCAUCAGAACUAUUGGGGACCUUGUUCAAUGCAAAGGUCCCUUAGCUUCAGUGAUGGGGACGCUGCUCUACAAACCUCAGUGUUGUCUGCAUAUGCAGAACUGUGGAGCCGAACUCUGCUUCUGCUUGUCAGCGCACCGCAGCAAUGUUGGAAAAGAAAAACCAACCACAAUGUGUGGGGCCUCUUUAUAGUCAUCUUAUAGUGAAAUUUACCUGCUAGUUUAUUAGGAUUUCCUUUGCUACACUUUGUAGUUUUGUCUGUUAGCCAAGAAAAUAAAAUGAGGAUUUUCUUUUUUUUCUGGUUUUUUGAGACAGGGUUUCUCUGUGUAGCCCUUGGCUGUCCUGGACUUGCUUUGUAGACCAGGCUGGCCUCGAAAUCACGGAGAUACCCCUGCCUCUGCCUCCCUGAGUGCUGGGAUUAAAGGCAUGUGCCACCACGCUCUGCAGAAAAUAAGAAUCUUAAACAUGUAAAUAGAAAGUUUUAUAUAGCUUUUUUUUUUUUUAACUUAAGUCAGUGUGGGUAAUGGAGUAUUUUGCCAACUGCAAAUACCAUGUAGUGUUUUUUUAAAGUUACUUUUUAACUGUAUCAUGGAAACUUAAGACAUUUUUAUGGUAAUGCACUAUUAUAGUGUCAAUUCCCCUCCCCCUCAAUCAUUUUUCCUCCCUUUGUACCCUCCCCUGCCCUCCUGCCCUUGCUAUUUACCUUUCUCCCACCAAACAGUCCCCUGUCUGCUUUCAAGGACCAUUUAGUUGUCUAUAAAAACCACUGCUGGAAUAUCUAUUAUCAGUUUCGUUUAUCUGUUACUGACUGUGGGAUUAACAUCUCAUCUGUCUGGGAAAACACAAAACGGGCUGCAGCCAUUGCGGAGGUACAGGCUCCAGACGCACUUUACACAUUGCCUGUAUUUGUGGCUUUAAAAAAAUUGUGUUGUACGACUGAUUCAUAAAUAAUACACGAACUUUUUAAAAAACAAACACAGCUUCUUUCGGGCUGUGUGUUUCUCUGUUUGGGGGCGACGAAGGGAACCCCACCAUUCUUCCUACGGUGGCGCUCACCUUUUCUUUCUGUUUCACGCAACACCAGGGAUUUCAAAGCUGGCCUUGUGAAUUCACUCUAUUUUUUAUCAUUAUUUUUAAAAUAAACAUAAAAUGUAGAUCAUG